AUGGCUCACACUCAAGACAUUCUGGGCCAAUUGCCCCUCCUUCAGUCUUACACCCACGCCAUCCUCUGUUUCCAGCUCGCCUCCCAUACCACCACUCCCACCAUUGACCUGGAACCCGCCGUGCAGCGGUUGCUAACCCUGUUCCCCAUUCUGGCUGGCCAGGUCAUCAACACGGGUGCCUCCCCCACCUCAUCCGGUGCCUACCAAGUUGUUUCUUAUCCAGUUCGCAAAUCCCCCAUCAUCCGCUAUGUCGACCAUCGCUGCGAUCCCCAAAUCCCCAGCUAUAACUCACUACGAACGGCGCACUUCCCCUUCAAUCAAAUGCCCAGCACCCACUUCUCCCCUCCCCACCCGGUCUUCCCCAACCCCUACCCUGACACUGAACCCGCCCCCGUGCUAGAGAUUCAAGCCAACGUCCUGAAUGGAGGAUUCCUGCUCACCGUAGCCGCGCAGCAUAACAUCAUCGACGCCAGUUGCAUCUUCCAAAUUGCCUCGCUACUGGCCCGUCUCACGCGGGGCGAGCCGAUUCCAAAGGCCGAGGUCACCGAGGGCAAUCUGGACCGCCGGAACCUGAUUCCUCUGCUGGAUGACAGCCAGCCCCUCCGCUUCGACUACUGCGAGUACCUCCCUUCGUUCAUCCCGAAGAUCCCCCCUAACCUGACAGCGUUGUUCCCCACCUUCCAAUGGGCUUAUUUUCACUUGUCCAGACGGGCCGUCGAGGCGAUCUACGCCAAGGCCUCGGCCUCCCCGUCACACACCCCUGGGAAGAUCACUCCGAACGAUGCCCUCACGGCAUUUAUCUGGCAACGACUAACACUCACUCGUCUCCACCACUCCCCUACCCCCCUCUCUGCUACUUCUGUCUCCAAAAUCUCCCGCGCCAUGGACCUUCGCCGUACUUUGCACCUCACCCCAGCCUACAUGGGACACAUGAUCCGCACCGCCACCCUCCGUCUGCCGCUGGGCGAGAUCACCUCCCUGCCGCUGGCUACGCUGGCUACGAAGCUUCGGGAUCAAGUUGCCGAGCUACGUACGCUGGAUGCGGUGCGCGACUACGCUACGUUUCUGGCUCGGCAGCCAGAUAAGAGCAAGAUUGCCUACAGCGGCGGUGCGUUUCAGCCGGCUACGGACUUGAGUUGUUCCAGUAUAGCUCAUGUGGACUAUGAUCGGUUGGGGUUGGGGGGUGCACUGGGACGGUGCGAGGGAGUCCGUCGCCCGGGAGGGGGAGUGCUGCCGGGCGGUUGCUAUAUAGGACCAGCUGGGGAUUGGUAUGGUAGUGUUGGAGAUGAGGACACUCGUCAAGAAACGGGGAUUGAGGUAUUGCUGUGUUUGGAUGGAUGGGAGAUGGAGGGGUUGAGGGAGGAUGAGCGGUGGAGGGAGUGGGUGGAGUAUGUUGGGUAG